AUGUUGAAAAAGAAGAAAGUAUCCGUUCAGGUUCCUUUGGACACGAAGGAAAUCCAGGGAAACGUUACUGAAAUAGUACUUCCAACACCGAAACGAACAGGACUUCAGGCAGACAUUGAUAACAUAUAUAGAUUAAUCAACAACAGAAACUUUCCUUUGGCAAGAGAUCAACUUCGGAACUUUGACAAGGACAUUUACGGAGAGGCAUUCUUACGUUGGCGGAGACUGAAAGAUCAAGUUGAGACAGAUGAGACCCUCCUUCAUGCUUGUUUGAUGAGAGCGAGCGAAGACACCUUCGCCUGUAUCACACACAUCCUCGAUAUCUGUCCUGACCUAAUCAUGGUGCCGAGGAAGAAUAAGCAGUUUGCAGGACAGACGCCACUUCAUCUUGCCAUAGUAACAGGCAAGAUACGUGCAUGUGAAGAGAUACUGAACGUAGCAGAGCGUUCGAAAGUGAAGUUGCGUUUGUUGAUGAAUGCUCGUGCAACUGGCAAAAUUUUUAACAACUCGAUUAUGAUGGGACAAAUACCAUUGUUUGUCGGUGCACUAACGUUUAAGGAAGGAAUUGUUGACCUUCUUCUACGGAGAGGGGCAUCAUUGUUUGUGAGGAAUGGAAAAGGAGAUAAUGUAUUUCACACAAUAGUGAAGUAUGUCGUUAUCAACCGAAGCAAAACAGCUGAUGCAAGACGAAUGAUCACCUUCCUUCACAGGAAAGUCGUCGCAGAAAACCAGAAGAAACAUUCGAAGCGAAAGCAGCGAUUGAAUGGCAGAACCGCAAAGAAAGGCGGUAGAAUAGAAACGUCCUUUGAAAAAGGAUUGGAUGUUGAAAAACCUGAGAAAACAGGCACAGAUCGUAAAGAUCUUCGCCACAUAUGGUACAUGAAGAACAACAACAACCUAACACCUCUUCAACUUGCUGCCAAAUAUGGACUUGUGGAAAUCUUCAUCCAGAUCCUGAAUCUGCCAGACGUCUAUUGUUUCGAACAGAACAAUGACGGCCUAUUUGAUGAGAAAUACUACGAUAUCACCGAGGUGGAUUCUAUCACCAGCUACAAGUCUCAACUCCUCUCUGGGAAACACAAGGAAAUUCCUUUCAAUUAUCGAAACGUGAAAGCAGAAUCUGUUUUUCAGAUGAUGUUUGGAAGCAAGAUGAAGUCAGAAGAUAUCGUAGAAAUCACCGAAAUCCCGCCUCUACGAGGUCUGAUCCAACUCAAAUGGGAACUGUACAGAAAAACAUUCUUUAUCUGGAUGAUCACCCAUCUUAUCUUCAUCAUCAUGUUGAGCGCGUAUACAGUCACCCUGUCCGAACUGAGAUUCAGACCUACAAAUUCAUCUUCUACUUCUUACACACACAAAGAGAAUUACGUGAAUUUCUUUACGUGGAUUUCGUUUUUGGGUGGAUUGUUCUAUGUGGUUCUAGGUGUUACGGCGAUUAUCCCAAAGUUCCUACAACCAAACCGCAUGUUGUAUUGGAAAUGUAACAUGGACUACAUCAGUAUAUUAACGGUAUGCGGCGUGUGUCUCCUAGCAGAUGUGAUCUGGCAGUUAAUCGACUAUAACCACAACAGACUGCCUCUUCUUAUUGCAGUCCUUACCGGAUGGUGGUUCAAUUUGUUUUUUCUCCGAGGACUUAAGAUGUUUAGCUUCUUCACUGUGAUGAUCAAACGUGUUAUUUUCGGAGAUUUUCUGCGUUUUUCAGUGAUAAUUGCAUUCCAACUUGUAUCUUUUUCUGCUAGCGUCCACAUGAUGUAUCAAGGUAAAAACGUUCCAUCCAUCGACUCUAGCGAGGAUGAUCCUUCCUACAGCAAGUCCUUUGACACGUCGAUGUUCACCAUGUUUAACCUUAUGUUGGGCAUUGGGGGAAUAAACUCGCCAAAGGUGUCAAGGAUGACAUGGAUGACAAACUCUUUAUACGUAUUGUAUAUAUUCUCCACGUAUAUUCUCCUAGUGAAUGCCCUGAUUGCUAUGAUGUCUUCCACAUGCUCCUUCAUCCUUCAAAACAAAUACUCACAAUGGCGGAUACAACAGCUCUCAGUCAUAUUGCUGCUUGAAAAUUUUCUUCAUGUGAUUCUUAACCUCUACGAUCCGGUGACGGGUAGCGAGAUCAUUGAAAAACAAACAAAACGUAUGUAUGACCCUGUUACAAAGAUUUGUACGAUGCAGAUUAGGUAUUUUCUGGAUAUGAAAACCCUUCAAAAUGAUAUGAUAGAAAUGACUGCGGAGAACAUUGAAGAAGUUACUGAAGUCACUCAAAAAAGGAAUCAGGAAUCACUGAACAAUAAUAUCAAUAAGAAUAUUCUCAAAAGAAUGGCUGCUUCGGCUUUCUUACUUCCGUUUGCAAGACAACAACAACAAUCCCAACUUGUCAAACCUAAGGAGGAUCAGGACUUCGAACCAAACACAACAUACCUGGACCCACGACCUCAAGUGCCAGCUAUAUUUUAUGAAUACUUGGAAGGGGACAGGUAUUAUGAUUCGCAUGAUGACAGAAUGAAUGAAGAAUCCAUGAGGGAAACUGCUAAGGCAGUUUUCCAACAAGGGAGACGAGGGACAGUUGUGGAACAGUUUGAGGUUUCAUCGUCAGAUGAAUCUGAUGAAUCUAUUGUGGUAUAUGACAUAUGA